AUGGGCACUUUUUCCGAAAAGCCCCAACAACCACAACAGAAUGCACAAGCUUUUGGUGAUUAUUUGCUGAACGACGAAGAAAAGGCCUUACAUUUAACUGACAAUGCCGUCAAAAUUGGUUCGAGAAGGUCGCAGUUGGCCGUCAUCCAGUCUGAAAUUGUCGGUAAGACUAUUAACAAAUUCUACCCCAACAUCCGUACUCCUGUGAUCAAGGUGAGCACUUUGGGUGAUCAGGUUCAAAGCAAACCCCUUUAUACAUUUGGCGGUAAAUCGCUUUGGACCAAGGAAUUAGAGAUUCUUUUGACGGAAGGCAUUGGUGAAUUCCCUCAAAUUGAUAUGAUUGUUCAUUCCUUGAAGGAUAUGCCCACUGUACUUCCAGAUGAAUUCGAGUUGGGCUGUAUAUUAGAGCGUGAAGAUCCUAGAGAUGCCCUCGUAGUGAAAGCUGGCUCUUCUUACAAACACUUGGCAGAUCUUCCUGAAGGUUCUGUUGUUGGAACGUCAUCAGUUAGAAGGUCAGCACAAUUAUUGAAAAACUACCCACACCUCAAGUUCAAAUCUGUAAGAGGAAACGUUAACACGAGACUAAGGAAAUUGGAUGAUCCCGAGUCCGAAUUUUCUUGCUUGAUUCUUGCCGCUGCUGGACUUAUAAGAUUGGGAUUACAUGACCGCAUCACCUACUUGUUGGAAGUAGAUGAGAUGUACCCUGCUGUCGGUCAAGGUGCCUUGGGUGUUGAAAUUGUCAAGGGCAACAAAAGACUACAGAAGGUGUGCGAAAAAAUCGGUAGUCGUAGUACUACUCUCAAAUGCAUCGCCGAGAGAGCACUAUUAAGGACCCUGGAAGGAGGGUGUUCCGUGCCAGUGGGUGUUUGGACCACAUUCAACGAAAAAACUGACAGCAUGAGAUUGCAGUCCAUCGUGCUUAGCCCGGACGGUACAGAGUCAAUAGAGAAGGAGCUGACAAUGAAGGUGACUAGUAGUACUGAUGCUGCCAAGUUAGGUGAAGAGUUGGGUGACGUGAUGAUCAAAAACGGUGCAAAGAAGAUCUUGGACGCUAUCAAUUUUGGCAAAAUCAAUGAAAUGAAACAGACUGGAUUGAUCAAAAAGGCUGCUCAAUAA